AUGAUAUCAGUUGAAGAGACAUUGAAAAUAGUUAAAUCACCAAAAGAUCUCUUGGAUAAGAUCGGUGGAUUAAGAUUUAAAGAUAGAUUGCGAGCACAGAUUAUCGUUCAAGGCGGAAAGAACUAUUAUUUCUUUGCUGACAAUCUAGAUACACCCACCAUUGUUAUAGGUUUAGAUAGAGUUAGAGGUCAAUUUUGUGUUUUCAAUAGCGACGUUGAGAGAUUCACCGAAUAUGCAAUCAAUCAUAAUUGGAAGAGAGGUUUUCUUCUACCCUACAAAGAUCAAAUCGUGUUGGAUGACACACAAUACCCUUUCACCAUCAAUGGAUUAUUGAUGCAUUUAAAUGAAAUUACAACUGUACCAUUAGUAUUCUCUUGUCUUGGAACAAAAGAGAAUGAUAUUUUAGAACAAAUACUCAAAGAUCAAGGUAUAUCUAUUUUGGAUAAUCCAGAAGUUUAUGAUUUUUGUUUAUUGGAUUUCCCAAAUAAAGAACAAAAGAUUAAAGAAUUACAAUCGAUUGUCGAUGGUGAAGGAUAUACUUUUUCAUCAAUCUCACAAGAAGGAGCAAUAGUUGUGGAUAAUUAUUGGACUUACAAAAAUGCAACAAGUUUACAUUUUAUGCAAUGGACCGCUGCAAAUUCAGAGACAUGCUGUCUUAAGGUGGGAGAUGAAUUGGCAUCUUGGAUUAUUCAAUAUACCGAUGGAAAUAUUGGUGCUCUUUUUACCCCUGAUAAGUUCAGAAAUAAAGGAUAUGCUAAAAAAGUAGUUGCAAAAAUAUUAAUACAACUAUUGAAAAAGAAUCAAUACACACCAUAUAUUUAUAUUAAAGAUGACAACGUUCCAUCACACUCUCUCUUCAAGUCAUUUGGAUAUACAGUUUUAUCGGAUCAAUGUCGUUGGCUAAUUGCCAAGAUUGAAUAA